AUGGCUUCGCUGUUCGCUAACGCCGCUGAAAGUGCUGCGGGGCUUCACCGAACGUCUCAAGGCAGCCUUGUUGUUCCUGUUUCUUCUCCUUCUCUGAUGGAUGGCCUCCCCGACACAUACACUGUGCAUCGUUUUUCCACCAUGAAACGUCUACAGGCCGAAGCGCAGAGGACCCGACAAAAUCUUCUUGAAACAGAGGAUGGAAAUCAGUGGAUCGUUGUCCUUGGUCUGUCCCCAUCGGUAAUCCAGAAACUUGAUGACGACCACACCAGCCUUGGAGACGUGACAUACCGAUUCCAGUGGGAAGGGACCGCAGGCCUUAUCAAAGUGGUUCCAUCUCAUAGCCAUGACACAACCACAGAUCGGUUCACUCGAUACAUCGACAGCAGACUCUCUGCAAUGGGGAUCGACACCUUUUACAUCAUGUGGGCUGCAACUUCGACAUACAAGCCCACUCCCGCCAAAGGCAAGCAAGGUGACCAAACUUUCAUCCCACCAUCUCGAUGGCCUUCUGCCCAGCAAACCGCAGAUUGGGGCUGGCCUACCUUCGUGCUGGAAACUGGAGUGUCCGAGUCCCUCCCUCGACUCCGAGAGGAUGCAAGGUGGUGGUUCGCGGACUCGAGGGGAGACGUGAGAAUCGUCCUUCUCAUCAGCAUCAAAAAGUCUUGCGUGAAAUUUGAGAAAUGGCAGCUGGCACCACCGAAUGCCGCACGUCCUCUAACCCGGGCAUACAUCAAUUCCAUGCUUAGUCAAAGCCCGAGCAUGCCACCUCUCAUCCAGCAGCCCGCGGCAACACAACAGGCAUACUGUGCCCAAGAAGUUGAGGUGACUCCAACAGACAUUCAUGGAGCUCCCAUCAUUCUACCCUUUGCUGCGCUCUUUGAUCGAGAUCCCGGACCUUCGGAAACUGAUGUUGUCAUCAAUGCUCAACAAUUGCGGGCCAUUGUGCAUGUACUCUUCUAG